CUGCAAUAGGAAUUUCCAAAACUACGAAUCCCAGAGAACCUCAGUGCGCUCGCUAUUAAUGUCAAUAUGGCCACUGUCAGUCAGACAAAGGCGAAUCAGUCUCGCCACGAAAUGAAAUCAAAUUAGCAAGCUAGAGGAGGACGGAUGGCAUUGUGAAAACCGGCGGGUGCAUGUUCCGUGUCGGGGAUAUAGAAGAGGACUUGUCACGAGGACCAACUAAACACCGGUUUAUUAAAUGCUGUGGAGGACGGGGGACCUAGAUACAAAGAUCAAGCUGCUAAUAUGGCUAUCCUAAAGGACUACAAAUGCCACGAUGACCUGGACGAGACUGCUGAAUCGAGGCAAAGGAUGUCUCAGUUCACAGAUGAGCCUCGCUUCACCAUCGAGCAGAUUGACCUGCUCCAACGGCUGAGGAGGACGGGGAUGACCAAGCCAGAGAUCCUCCACGCUCUGGAUACCCUGGACAGACUGGACCGCCAGCACGGACACAAGUUUGGACGCCGUCCCCAGACGCAGCCCCAGCCUGUCGGUCAGGGACCGACGUCCAAUAGCAAUGCUAAUAUGACGUCGUCUUCCUCGUCCAACAACGUUGUGGCGUCCUCAUCGACGUCCACGGCCGCCACACAGACUGGUUACCGGGCGAAUGGGAGUGGCGGGAGUGGUCUGUCGCCGUCACCUAGCAACAACUAUGAUAUGUCGCCGCCCCCUCCGGCGGUUGUAUCUGCCCCUGUUGCUUUGGCAGCAGUGGCUCAGAACGGGUGUGGGGUUGGUGGCGGCGGAGAGAUCGUUGCCAUGACGAACGGAAAGCUGUCUCCACCACGGUUUCCUAUCAGUGUUAGUGCGGUUAGCGGUGGCGUGACUGGGAGAGGCUAUGGGUUUGAGGCCAGCGAGGAGGAACUAGACGUGGACGACAAAGUGGAGGAACUCAUGAGAAGGGACAGUGCCAUAAUCAAGGAGGAGAUCAAGGUGUUCCUGGGGAACAGGCGCAUCUCUCAGGCUGUGGUGGCUCAGGUCACAGGUAUCAGUCAGAGUCGUAUCUCCCACUGGCUGCUCCAGCAGGGCUCGGACCUCAGUGAACAGAAGAAGAGGGCCUUCUAUCGCUGGUACCAGUUGGAGAAGACCACCCCCGGUGCCACUCUGACGAUGCGGCCCGCCCCCAUGUCUCUGGAGGAUGUGGUUGAGUGGCGGCAGACUCCGCCCCCUAUAAGCUCCACCCCCGGGAGCUUCCGUCUGCGCCGAGGCAGUCGCUUCACCUGGAGGAAAGAAUGUCUGGCUGUGAUGGAGAGUUACUUCAAUGACAACCAGUACCCUGAUGAAGCUAAAAGAGAGGAGGUGGCUAACGCCUGCAACGCUGUCAUCCAGAAACCAGGGAAGAAGCUGUCUGAUCUGGAGAAAGUCACGUCUCUGAAGGUCUACAACUGGUUUGCCAACCGCCGCAAGGAGAUCAAGAGACGCGCCAACAUAGAAGAAGCAGCAAUCCUGGAGAGCCAUGGGAUCGACGUCCAGAGUCCUGGUGGACACUCCAACGGCGAUGACAUUGAGGGGAAUGACUUCCCUGACCAGGGCUGUGAAGUCCCUCUGUUUGAGAAGAGAGCUGUUACCAGACCCUUCAGUCGACUAGACCUGUCCUCUCCCACACAGGUGCCCACCCUGCUGCCCAGCUGGCUGGCGGCUUGGCCCGGCUCGGGCAGGGGGGGCUUGGCUGCCCAGAGGGCUAGCUCUCUGAUUGGCCGCUCCUUGCUCUCUGGGUGGGGUCUCGCUCAGGGGGUGGGGAUGGAAGGUUCCAGACUGACAGGUGUGUCCUGGUCUCCCCCCUCCCCCCAGGAUGAUGACUCCACCAAUCACAGCAAUGCCCUGGAGCACCAGGAUCCCAUCGCCCUCGCCGUGGAGAUGGCGGCCGUCAAUCACAGCAUCCUCGCCCUGGCAACGCAGGCGGGGGGAGGAUUGGCCCUGGGCGGGACAGGAAGUGACAUCAAAACAGAGGUGCUAGACGACUAGGGAUGAGAGAGAAACGUGUAAUUUUGCGUUCAUAAUCAAAUGGGAAGGUGGUAAUUACCAGUUGUGAAGUCGCAAAAACGUGUUGGAUACAUUCACGUGCUUUUAACUCGUUGAGAAAUGUACAGCUAUAAUGCUUGUAAACAAAUUAGUAUUCAAAAAACAUUAAUCUAACUAUAAAAAGCAAUGUUUUGUUGUUGCAUUUAACUGCCGAAAAUGCUGUUAUCGAAGUCAUUUCCUUAGGUGACGUCAGAGUUCAGGAAUGAUAGACGGGUUUCCCAUUAGCAGCUACCAGUCAGUCGUAUAUGGUAAAUACCACCUUCCCACUUAGUUAUGAACGCAGCAUAUGUUUGUGUGUGUGUGUGUGUGCGCGCGUGCGUGCGUGAGUGCACAUGAGGAUGAGGCUACAGUAGAGUAGGAAAAUAUUUGUUGCGAGCAAGUAGAGCUUGUUGGAACAUUAUACUGUAAAUGAUGACCAAAAGUAAUGCAUAGGCUUAGAGACUGUCAAAGCUAAGGUAACAGGCCUCCCCUUACCUCCACCUCCCUAUUUCCUAACCCCUUUAGACUGUUCUAGAGGUAUUGUGUUGGGAGGCCUGGCCCUAAAGUUGUCUAUGAAACAGUCAUACAGUGUAUGUACAGUGUGUGAGGUAUAUUAUGCUCUUGUCUGUGUGAGUCUAAAGAAUCAGAAUAGGUUAUUAUGGAACCCUGGACAACUCUCUCUGAGCAUGGAGGGCUCCUGCCUUGGCAUUCUGAUUUUGGCACCUUCUCCCCCAACGUGCACAGUAUGCUAUUUGAUUCCUCGCUCGCUCCAUCUUUCUUCUCUACCUCACCCAGACAUAUUCUCUUUCCAUGUAUACUCUUCUCUUUUGCCUCUUACUGUCUGUUCACCCCUCCCUUUUCCCUCUCGUCUGUCUGUCCCAUUUCAUUUGUCUCCAACUUCGCAGUAUAAGGGAGAGAGAGGCGAGUGUUCUCAACAGGCCUCUGUAAUCCCUAAAAUGUAUAAAUAUAUCCCCUUGUUGUAGCACUACCUAAGCUGGAUAGGUUUAAAGCAAGUGAAAAUCAGACAUUCCUUAUAUUAUUGCUUGAGAGAGAGGAAUCGUGCAAGCUAGUGAAAGGGGCCGUAAGUGGUUGCUAUGGGGGUAACUAUAAGCAUAUUGAAGCUGUACCCAAACCAUUUGUUUUUAGCUUUUAACCGUAGCUUAGUCUGUUCCCUUAAAUUAAGGUGUCAUAAUCAUGUUCCCCAGUUGAGAGAAAAUGCGUUAUUAUUUUAAGAUUGCCAAUCAAGGGUGCGUUGGAAAUGUCCCUAUCACAUGAGGCUGCUGAGGGGAGGAAGGCUCAUAAUAAUGGCUGGAAUGGAGUAAAUGGAAUGGCAUCAAACUCAUGGACCAUGUGUUUGAAACCAUUCCGUUCCAGCCAUUAUUAUGAGCCCAUCCUCUCCAAUUAAGGUGCCAGCGGCUGCCUGUACUAAGAAUAAUAGGGACCCAUGCAAACACUUUUUCUAUCCUUUAUAUGCCAUGACGUCUUCAACACAAGCUGUUAUCCAAGAUACUUGCUUUUAAAUGGUAUUUUCUCUUUUAAAAAUAAGUCACUUUAUGGGAGUAGCUACCAUGGGGCUUGAGUUUCCUGCCCUCGUAGCUUAUUGGUCGUCUAGAGUGAUUGACAGACCAGGCCAGCAAUAGGAGGAAGAGACUGAUCUGUUGGCUGACACAGGUUCAAAAGGUAAGGGGUCAGGGUUUGUUUGGUGAUUCCACAACCCCCCC